AUGUCAGUUAAUCAAAGUUUGACAGACGUCAGUGCGCCAGAGAAGAAAACAAUUUCUUCCGCGAACUCUGAAGAGGUGGAGAAAGCAGAAAACAAAAAGAGCAGGUGGACCAGAUUCUUGGAAUUUAUUUGGGAUGGACCCAGAUCGAAAGAAGAAAAGAAAUAUAUCCAGAAAUUAGACCUAUUUUUAUUGACUUGGGGAUGGUAA